UUAGAAUCAAACAACAAUGUCAAGUUCGUUAAACACCAUGAAAGCACUUCCCAAGCUUUCUCCUCCUUUUCUCCUCCUCCUGCUCCUCCACAUUCUUUUCCUCUCCUUUCUUCCAUUGAAGGCAACCUCUUCACCAGCAGCACAAGCAGAAGCACUUAUAGCCUGGAAAAGCAGCUUUUCCUCCCGACCACCACCUUCUCUGGAUUCAUGGGCACACACAAACCUCAAAAACCUCUGCAACUGGACAGCCAUUUCUUGCAACCCCAUUACCAAAACAGUUUCCCAAAUUGACCUCUCGAACCUCAACAUCUCAGCAACCCUAACACAGUUCAACUUCACCCCAUUUUCCAACCUCACCCACUUCAACCUCAAUGCCAACAAUUUCAGUGGCCCGAUCCCAUCCGCCAUUGGAACCCUCUCAAAGCUCAAAACUUUGGACCUGGGAAACAACCUUUUCGCCCAAGAAAUCCCUGAGGAAAUAGGGAAGUUGACCAACGUUGACUAUCUCAGCUUCUUCAACAACAGCCUCUCUGGUGCAAUCCCUUACCAGCUUACCAACCUCCAAAAGGUACAGUUUUUGCUUCUGGGUGGAAAUUAUUUAGAAACCCCUGACUGGUCUAAAUUUAAAAGCAUGCCCCUUUUGCAAUACCUUGACAUUUUUUUCAACAGUCUAGAUUCUGAAUUCCCACAUAAAUUUGUAUCUGGUUGCAAAAACUUAGCUUUUCUGGAUUUAUCUCAAAAUUCAUUGACUGGUGAAAUCCCAGAAAGUGCUUUUACCAAUCUCGGCAAGCUUGAGUAUCUCAAUCUUUCUUAUAACCAAUUCCAAGGGCCAUUGCCAACAAGCUUUCUCAAGCUUAAGCAUCUUCAUUUGGCCCAUAACCUGUUCAACGGUCCGAUUCCUGAGAGCAUUGGGUUGGUUUCUGGGCUGCAGAGAAUUAAUUUGCUUACCAAUUCACUUGAAGGAGAAGUCCCAUCUUCCAUAGGACAACUUAGAGACCUCCAAUACCUUGAUCUUAGAAAGAAUUCGUUGAACUCUUCGAUCCCUAUUGAGCUCGGUUUUUGUACUAAUCUCAAAUACUUGGCAUUGGCUUCCAAUUUCCUCACUGGGGAGCUGCCUCUAUCCUUGUCUGGUCUGACUAGCAUUGUUGAAUUGGGUUUAUCCGGGAAUUUGUUAUCUGGCCCAAUCCCGCCUUCUCUGCUCUCCAAUUGGACUGAGCUUGUCUCUUUGCAACUCCAAAACAAUAGCUUCAGUGGCAACAUUCCACCGGAAAUGGGGCUGUUGACGAAACUCAAUGUCCUGUACUUAUACCAAAACAAGUUCACUUCCUUAAUUCCCUCGGAGAUUGGAAACUUGAAAGACAUGGUGGAUUUGGAUCUUUCCGAGAACCAGCUAUCCGGGCCAAUUCCUAUGACAAUGUGGAGUCUCACCAAUCUUCAAAGCUUGCAACUUUUCUCCAACAAUCUUAGCGGAACAAUCCCCGAGGAGAUUGGUAACAUGGUGUCGCUGGCUACCUUUGAUGUCAACACGAACGAACUGGAGGGAGAGUUGCCGAAGAACAUUUCUCUCCUCACAAGCCUGGAGAAUUUUUCUGUUUUCACAAAUAAGUUAUCUGGUGGCAUUCCAAGCAAUUUUGGGAAGUACAGUCCUGGUCUUACAUAUGUUAGCUUUUCAAACAACAGCUUCUCUGGAGAGUUGCCACCAGAGUUGUGCAGUGGAUUCGCUUUGAAGGUCCUCACAGUGAACAAUAACAAUUUCACAGGGUCUUUGCCCAAGUGCUUGAGGAAUUGUUCGGCAUUGUCUAGAGUCCGGUUUGAUGGGAACCAAUUUACCGGGAACAUUACAAAUGUAUUUGGUGUUCAUCCCAGUCUUGAAUUCAUUGCUCUUACCGACAACCAGUUUGUUGGUAUACUCUCACCACAAUGGGGAAAAUGCAUAAACAUCACGGCUAUGCGUAUGGGUAGAAAUAAAAUUUCAGGUCAAAUCCCGCCUGAGCUUGCGCAGUUGACACAACUGCAUUCUCUGAGCUUAGAGUCUAAUGAAUUCAGUGGGCAGUUUCCUAACGGAAUAGGAAAUCUAAGCUUGCUAUUCUCGCUCAAUGUCAGCAGGAACCAUUUUACGGGAUCAAUACCCAAGAGUCUAGGCACAUUGAGUAAGCUUGAGCUUCUUGAUUUGUCCGAUAACAGUUUCAUGGGAGAAGUACCUAUUGAUCCUGGCACAUUCGACAAAUUAACGAGCUUGAACUUAAGCCACAACAAGUUAUCAGGUAAUAUCCCAGCAGAGAUUGGCAACUUAGAGUUGAAGUACUUACUGGAUCUUAGCAACAAUUCUCUCUCAGGACAAAUACCUUCAAACUUGGCCAAGCUCACACAGUUGGAGGUUCUCAAUGUCUCAAACAACCAUCUCUCCGGGGCGAUCCCAUCAGCAUUUUCCUCCAUGCAUAGUCUAAUCAGCUAUGAUUUUUCUCAUAACAACUUGACAGGUGCAGUCCCAACCGGAGGCAUUUUUCGAAGGGCACCAGCAAAUGCCUUUGCAGGAAACUCUGGCUUGUGUGGAGCUUCAGAAGGACUAACUGCAUGCAGUUCUGGAAAAAAGUCCAACAUGAACACCAACAAAAUUCUGAUUGGUGUCUUUGUACCUGUUUGUGGUUUAUUAUUGAUUGCAGCUGCCAUUGCUCUGAUUCUCAUAUUCCGAAAGAAGCCUAAGCCGCUUGAUGUGGAAACCAAACGUUCUGAAUCUGAAAGCUUUGAGUCUAACAUAUGGGAAAGAGAAGUGAAAUUUACAUUUGGAGAAAUCGUGAAGGCCACGGAGGACUUCGAUGAGAAAUACUGCAUUGGAAAAGGAGGAUACGGUAGGGUGUACAAGGCAGAGUUGCUAUCGGGCCAAAUUGUUGCAGUUAAGAGGCUUAACAUAUCUGAUUCUAGCGACAUUCCAGCAAUAAAUCGGCAGAGCUUUGAGAACGAAAUCAAAACUUUGACGCAUGUCAGGCACCGCAACAUCAUUAGGCUUUUCGGGUUCUGUUCAAGGCGGGGUUCCAUGUUCUUGGUUUAUGAGUAUUUAGAUAGAGGCAGCCUCGGAAAAGCCUUGUAUGGCGAGGACAGAGGUGGUGAGCUUGACUGGGGUACAAGGGUGAAAAUUGUGCAAGGACUAGCUCAUGCAAUUUCUUACUUGCACAAUGAUUGUUCUCCACCCAUUGUGCACCGGGAUAUUUCUGUCAACAAUGUAUUGCUCAAGUGGGAUUUUGAGCCUCAGCUAUCAGAUUUCGGAACAGCAAAACUCUUGAGCCCGGAUUCAACCAGUUGGACCAAUGUUGCUGGUUCUUAUGGCUACAUGGCACCAGAGCUUGCAUUCACUAUGCGCGUCACGGAUAAGAGCGAUGUGUUUAGCUUUGGAGUGGUGGCACUAGAAAUCGUGAUGGGAAGACACCCAGGGGAAACGCUCGAGUCCUUAUUAGAAGCAUCAAAAACAUUGAAGGGAAAUGCAGUGCUGCUUUUAAAAGAUGUGUUAGACCAAAGGCUGGAGCCUCCAACCGGUGAAUUGGCAGAGGCAGUGGCGUUUGUUGUCACCUUAGCUUUGGCCUGCGCUCGUCCACAUCCUGAGUUGCGACCCACAAUGCGUCAUGUGGCACAAGAGCUAUCGGCUCAGAACCUGCCUUACCUCUCCAAACCAUUUGGUGCAUUAACCAUCAACAAACUAACCGGGCAUCAAAAAUAGGAGGAAUGGAUAUAGCCAUUUCUUGGUGUAGUUGUAUUUUGUAUGUAUAUGCAUUGUGCCUAUAGUCAAUAAGACUUGUUUCUAGAUGCUCGGUAGAUUCUUACAUGUAACCGCAAUAUAUCCCUGAGUUUUUCUCAUAACCAAAAGGGUUCGAGACCUGUACGGACAGUCUUGAACACACAAGAGGUGUACUUGUACCAUAUACCAGAGCUUUAUAUGCAAGCAAGCCAAAGUUUUCAA